AUGGAUACUGAGAACACAUGGACCGUGGAUUUCUAUCACAAAGUGGUAUCAUAUGGUGAAGUUAAGACCAUUGAGAAGCAACAGAAGUACUCUAAUGAGUGUGAGGUCGGCCUCAUCAUUGGCACUGGCACUAAUGCAUGCUACAUGGAGGAACUGAGGCACAUUGACCUGGUGGAAGGCGAUGAGGGGAGGAUGUGCAUCAACACGGAGUGGGGGGCCUUCGGGGACGACGGGUCCCUGGAAGACAUCCGCACCGAGUUCGACCGGGAGAUAGACCAGGGCUCUCUCAACCCUGGGAAGCAGCUCUUUGAGAAGAUGGUCAGUGGCAUGUACCUAGGGGAGCUGGUUCGACUGAUCCUGGUCAAGAUGGCCAAGGAGAGCCUGUUAUUUGAAGGGCGGAUCACACCGGAGCUGCUCACCAGGGGAAAGUUGAAGACCAGUGAUGUGUCAGCCAUUGAGAAGAAUAAGGAAGGCCUCCACAAUGCCAAAGAAAUCCUGACCUGCCUGGGAGUGGAGCCAUCUGAUGACGACUGUAUUUCAGGCCAGCACGUGUGUACCAUUGUCUCAUUUCGCUCCGCGAACCUGGUGGCUGCAACGCUGGGCGCCAUCUUGAACCGCCUUCGAGAUAACAAGGGCACACCCCGGCUGCGGACCACGGUUGGUGUCGACGGGUCUCUUUACAAGACGCACCCACAGUAUGCCCGGCGUUUCCACAAGAGUCUCAGGUGCUUGGUCCCCGACUCCGAUGUGCGCUUCCUCCUCUCUGAGAGCGGCAGCGGCAAGGGGGCCGCCAUGGUCACUGCGGUGGCCUACCGCCUGGCCGAGCAGCACCGGCAGAUAGAGGAGACCCUGGCUCACUUCCGCCUCACCAAGGAUAUGCUGCUGGAGGUGAAGAAGAGAAUGCGGACCGAGAUGGAUAUGGGCCUGAGGAAGCAGACGCACGAAAAGGCCGUGGUGAAGAUGCUGCCCUCCUUUGUCCGGAGCACUCCAGACGGGACGAACGGUGACUUCUUGGCCCUUGAUCUUGGAGGAACAAAUUUCCGUGUCCUACUGGUGAAAAUCCGCAGUGGGAAAAAGAGAACGGUGGAAACGCACAACAAGAUCUAUGCCAUUCCCAUUGAAAUCAUGCAGGGCACUGGGGAAGAGCUGUUUGACCACAUCAUCUCCUGCAUCUCUGACUUCCUGGACUACAUGGGGAUCAAAGGACCCAAAAUGCCUCUGGGCUUUACAUUCUCAUUGCCCUGCAAGCAGACAAGCUUGGACACGGGAAUCUUGAUCACCUGGACGAAGGGUUUUAAGGCAACUGACUGCAUGGGGAACGAUGUAGCAACGUUACUAAGGGAAGCAAUAAAAAGGAGAGAGGAAUUUGACCUGGAUGUGGUGGCUGUGGUCAAUGACACGGUGGGCACCAUGAUGACCUGUGCUUAUGAGGAGCCUACAUGCGAGGUUGGGCUCAUUGUAGGGACUGGCAGCAAUGCUUGCUACAUGGAAGAAAUGAAGAAUGUCGAGAUGCUGGAGGGGAAUGAUGGGCGGAUGUGUAUCAACAUGGAGUGGGGUGCCUUCGGGGACAACGGAUUAGAUGAUAUCAGAACAAUCUAUGACAGACUGGUGGAUGAAUAUUCUCUAAACGCUGGGAAACAAAGGUUCGAGAAGAUGAUUAGUGGUAUGUACCUGGGGGAGAUUGUCCGCAACAUCUUGAUUGACUUCACCAAGAAGGGGUUCCUCUUCCGAGGGCAGAUCUCUGAGACACUGAAGACUCGGGGCAUCUUUCAGACCAAAUAUCUUUCCCAGAUUGAGAGUGACCGAUUAGCGCUGCUCCAGGUCCGGGCCAUCCUCCAGCAGCUGGGCCUGAACAGCACCUGUGACCACAGUAUCCUCGUCAAGACCGUGUGCGGGGUGGUGUCCAAGCGGGCCGCGCAGCUGUGUGGUGCGGGUAUGGCUGCCGUGGUGGACAAGAUCCGCGAGAACAGAGGGCUGGACCACCUCAACGUGACUGUGGGCGUGGAUGGCACACUCUACAAGCUUCAUCCGCACUUCUCCAGAAUCAUGUACCAAACCAUGAAGGAACUGUCACCAAAAUGUAACGUGUCCUUCCUCCUGUCCGAAGACGGCAGCGGCAAGGGGGCUGCCCUCAUCACGGCAGUGGGCGUCCGGCUCCGGGAAGAGACGAGCAGCUAAGAGUACCGGCCCCCAGCCUGCUGCUCUUCCAGCACUU